AUGUUAGUUGGGUUUGAUCUGCACAUAAAUGAGGAGCAUUGCAUCUGGGCUUACAUUUUCUUCUUCAUACACCUGCACGAUACUAAGAAAAGUGACUACACAGCCUUAGAACUUUAUGUGCACAAAUUGUUACUCCAGGAAAAGAAUGAUUUUUUCCCACUGAAUAGAGCUCUGUCUUUGAGUGCAAUGGAUGAAGAUUCAACAGAAUCAAAAGUGGAUGAGCUGCUCAGGCAGAUUCAACAUUUGGUUCAAAAACAAAAAGAAGAGGACGCGAGAAAAAAGCGUGAAGAAGAACGACAGAAGCAGUUGAGAUGGAAAGAAGAGCACAGGAUGGCUCUUCUGCAAACACACGCAUCUAUGGACCUGGGAGGAGGUAGUUUUGGAGGGGGAGGAAGUGGUGGCAGUGGAGGUGGUGGAAUAGGAGGUGUUGCAGGUUAUGCCAGAGGAAUAAACAAAGUUACUAAAUCUCAAUACAAACAGGCAACCCGGCAGAAACAGUGGCUGUCCACAAACAAGUCCCACGCAAUGGACAAUAUUUUGUCAAAUGCUGAUGCAAAAAACCCCGAUGACAACCUUGCUUCCGUUAUUAAAAAGUCGACCGCAUUUAAUGACCAGCAGAAGAAAGCUGCCACCACAGCCAUGCCAGCUUCUUCUUCUUCGUCCACAGUUCCCAUGGUUCCCUUUCAUCAACAGACUUCGAAAUCCGCUGACUUUGAAACGUUCGAAGAUGAUGAUGAUGAUGAUAUUGGUGAUGAAAACAACGAGGCUGACGAUUACGAUACUUUAGCAUCAGAUUAUUUGGCAGAUAAUAAAAAUGAGAUAGCGAAGAUCGGUCUGUCGUCUGGCUCACUUCUUGAUUAUCCAAAGAGCAGCAGAUUAGGAGAGCGGCAGUUGCUUCAUUACGAGCUCCCAAACAAACAGCAAUCAAUUAAACAAAUAAUGAAAUUUGAACCUGACGAUCCAUUCGCUCCUACUGUCAUUCCCCCACUCUUCUUUCAAUCCUCUAAACGAUCCAGAUCCAGUUCAGUGCAGUCUGCAUUGAUCGGGAAUGAGGAUGAUGAUGUGGAGGAUGAAAAUGUUGAUGACGAAUUUGAAAUAUCAGCCUACGAGCCUGAGAGUCAACCUGAUUCAAAUAUUUCAAAGGAAGAAAUAAAGAAGUAUACCAAAACGGAUGGACGUAAGUUGAAACCAAAACUACAGACAUUUCAAGAAAUUCUUUCUAAUCCUUUAUAUGAAUCGGACUCCAAUUCAAAUACAUUUAAACAGAUGGAAAAUUUCUCUUCAAAUGCCAGCAAACAUGAAAAUCAUAAACGUGACGGAGCCAGCGCUGAAAACCAGAAUUUGUUAAUUCAAUCAGCGGAACAAAUAUAUCAACCGCAAGCAGGAGAUGGUGCUUCAAAUCAAACAGCAAUGAGUUUGUUGAAUGCAAACAUAUUAUGCUCUGCUCCUUCUGCUGCGAUGCAACUAAACCAAUCAAAACUUAGCAAAGUUAAUGAGCGUAAACAUUUGCAGCACAAAAAAAGACAGUCUUUGAAUGUUCAUGACGCACCUAAAUUGUGGAAACCAAUUAAACAACAACCUCGACAACAACCAGAUCAAACUUCAUCCUCUCAGCCUCCUCCUUACAAUCAGCACCUAGAACAUCAACAAAAAAAACUUGAUGUUUCUUCUCAACAAACACUUCUCCUACCUUCGAGAAGGUCUGCUGAGAACGUCAUAACAACAAAAGCUGCUGGUGAUGGUCAAUUUUUUCAACUUCAACAGCAUCAUUUUUAUCCAGAACAUGAGCAAUUUUCUGACUCGCAGCAACAGAAACCUCAUCAGACCCACCUCCACACCUCUCAACAGACUUCACAACAACAUUCAAAAGAUGUUCAAUUAGGUGACGAACACUCGUUAAAAAGUACCGCUAAAAGAGAAGACAGCGAAAAUGAAGAAGCAAUAGAUGACGACGAUAGAAUUGAAUCAACUUUUGUCUAA